AUGGCUGGAUCCUCCUGCUGCCCUGCUGGGUGGACUCGCUUGUGGAACCGCUGCUUCAUGUACCAUCGCAGGCCAAAGAGCUGGACCGAUGCAGAGAAAGCCUGCAUCAGACUUGGAGGAAACCUGGCCUCCAUCAGAGGAACCGUAGAGAACAGGUUUGUCAAAAAGAUGGUGAACAGAGUGACGUACUCCAACAAACCCAUCUGGAUCGGCGGCUUCGACAGCGCGAGUGAGGGGAUCUGGCUGUGGAGUGAUGGAGCCAGAUUCUACAACUAUCCUUGGGCAAAGAAAGUGAAGAAGAACAAGUUAGAGCAGUGUCUGCUGUUCAACUUGAUCGGUACCUACUGGAAGGACCAGAAAUGCGAGAAGAAGUUCUCCUACGUGUGUUCCAUGACCUUGAAAUAA